AUGGGUAAGGGUAUGGGUAAGGGUAUGGGUAAGGGUAUGGGUAAGGGUAUGGGUAAGGGUAUGGGUAAGGGUAUGGGUAUGGGUAUGGGUAAGGGUAAGGGUAAGGGUAAGGUUAAGGUUAAGGUUAAGGUUAACGUUAAGGGUAAGGGUAAGGGUAAGGGUAAGGGUAAGGGUAAGGGUAAGGAUAAGGGCAAGGAUAAGGGCAAGGGAAAGGGCAAGGGAAAAGGCAAGGGUAAGAACAAGGGCAAGGGCAAGGGCCGGGAAGAACGGGCGCCCCCAUCCACAGGCGCAAGCAUUUCACGGGCCGUCAAAGCCAUUCUGCAUUGCCGAAGCGAAAUCGGCCGCGAAGAAACCCAAGAGCUCUCGGAGGUCGUCGUGACCUUGCCUGGCGUCGAUGGAGAUGGAGGCGGAGGCGGAGGCGGAGGCGGAGGUGGAGGCGGAGAUGGAGGUGGAGGCGGAGGCGGAGGCGGAGGCGGAGGUGGAGGCGGAGAUGGAGGUGGAGGCGGAGGCGGAGGCGGAGGCGGAGGUGGAGGUGGAGGUGGAGGUAGUGGUGGUGGUAACGACGACGUGCGCGAGCUUAUAGGUUAG